ACUCACCAAAUUUGUAUUUCCGGUAGAAAAUGGAACGUCGACGCCUCCUUUUUGGACCCCACCCGUAUUCCGCCGCUUCUUUCUGCAGUUUUAACUCGGUCCAAAGUGUACCGAAAUAAACCCAAGAAUGUACGCGGGCCGGCGCGGUUAAGCUGCCGCGAUAUCCCGACAAGCUUCGGAGGGAGCGAGAAAAGUUUCGCUUUUGAGAGGCGAAAAUGGAGAACGACAUCCUGGAGAUGGAGUCCCUAUCUGACGCAGAGGAACUGGGGGGAGAUGCCCGCUUGGAAAUGAUCGCAGAAGACGUCGUCUACCCUGAGGAGUUUCUACCGACAUAUCACAGUAUAAGAGAAGGUUCGACGGUAACUAAAGUGCAACUGACCGAGUUCGACGACAAGCCCGACUCGCUGUUCUUCAACGACGGCGUCCGCCGCAUCGACUUCAUCCUGGUCUACGAGGAUGAGGACAGGAAGGAGUUUGACAAGCGGCACACGUUCGCACGCCGAAAGAGACGGCGGGAAUACUUCGAGGCCAGCCUGAUGAAAAUGGGGAUGGAGUUGGAGGCCACGCGAUCUGUGGUGGACGACAACCUGAUGUUCGUGAAAGUGCACAUGCCGUGGGACACGCUGUGCACGUACGCCGAGGUGCUGCACAUCAAGCUUCCCAUCCAGCCCAACGACCUGUCGUCGCAGCGCUCGCCGUGGUGGCACUGGCUAUCGGUGGUCACCAAGCCCUUCUACCCGGACGAGAGCCUCAUCACCAAGGAGGCCGAGUUCUUCACCGCCCCCUUCGAGAAAGACCGCCUGGAGUACUUCUACGUCAAGGACAAGGACCUUUUCUUCACGUCGUCCACGCGGAGCAGGAUGGCUUAUUACAUCUUGAGCCGAGCCCCCUACGAGAUACGAGGCAGCGUGAAGAAGUUCGGCAUCCGAAAGCUGUUAGACGGCGGCGUCUACAAAGCUGCUUACCCGCUCCACGACUGCAGGUUCAAUGUGAAAUCCCAAGAGGUCGGCUGCCCCAACGAGAGGUUCCGCCUCUACAGAGAAUGGGCACACCCCAAAAGCUUCUACAAGAUGCAGCCUUUAGACCUCAUAAGGAAGUACUACGGCGAGAAGAUUGGAAUUUACUUCGCCUGGUUGGGCUUCUACACCAUCAUGUUGGCUCUGGCGGCUGUUGUGGGUCUCAGUUGUUUCAUAUACGGAUACAAAACGCAAGAAACCAGCACGUGGAGCAAAGAGGUGUGCGACCCAGACAUCGGAGGCAAAAUAGUGAUGUGCCCGCAGUGCGACCAGGAGUGCAAAUACUGGCGCUUGAACAGCACCUGUGAAGCUUCAAAGAAACUCUGCAUAUUUGACAAUUUCGGCACCCUGGUGUUUGCAGUUUUCAUGGCAAUCUGGGUGACGCUGUUCCUGGAAUUUUGGAAGCGCUACCAGGCCGAGCUGGAAUACCAGUGGGACACAGUGGAGUUCCUGGAGCAGGAGGAGCCGCCCCGGCCGGAAUAUGAGGCCAAGUGCAUAUACGAGAGGAAAAACCCAGUCACGGGGGUGAAGGAAAAAGUGCCCUACACAGCCUGCGGGCGAUGCGUUCGGGUGUCGAUAGGAAUAGGGACAGUUCUGUUCUGGAUCCUGCUUAUCGUGGCGUCCAUCGUGGCCAUCACCGUGUACCGCCUGGCCGCCUUCUUCGCCUUCUCGGCCAGGCUGCGAGCGCAGGACCUGAAGGAGCUGGAGCCCCUCAAGGAGUACGUGACGCCGCAGAUGGCCACGUCGGUCACGGCCUCGCUCAUCAGCUUCGUGGUCAUCAUGAUCCUGAACAUGCUCUACGAGCGGGUCGCCAUCUGGAUCACCAACUUCGAGCUGCCAAGGACCAAGACGGACUACGAGAACAGCUUGACGCUGAAGAUGUUCCUCUUCCAGUUUGUCAACUACUACUCGUCCUGUUUCUACAUCGCCUUCGCCAAAGGGAAAGCCGUCGGCUAUCCUGGACGGCCCGUCUACCUCUUGGGCAAAUACCGCAACGAGGAGUGUGAUCCUGGUGGAUGUCUGAUUGAACUUACCACCCAGCUGUCAAUCAUCAUGGGCGGUAAAGCCAUCUGGAACAACAUUCAAGAGGUCCUAUUACCGUGGGUGAAAAAUGUGAUCUUCCGCUACUGCACGCGAGCGUCAUCGCAGAAGGUGAUUCCUCGCUGGGAGCAGGACUACCAGCUUCAGUCCAUGUCCAACUUGGGACUCUUCUAUGAGUACCUGGAAAUGGUCAUCCAGUUUGGCUUCGUCACCCUCUUCGUGGCCUCCUUCCCCCUGGCUCCGGUCCUGGCGCUGGUCAACAACUUGUUUGAAAUCCGCGUGGACGCCUGGAAAAUCACCACGCAGUUCCGCCGCAUCGUUCCGGAGAAGGCCCAGGACAUCGGCGCCUGGCAGCCCAUCCUUCAAGGCGUCGCCAUCCUGGCCGUCGCCACCAACGCUAUGAUCAUCGCCUUCACCUCCGAUAUGAUCCCACGGCUGGUCUACUACUGGUCUUUCUCCGUGUACCCAUAUGGAGAUCACGAUUCUCAAACCAUGCAGGGCUAUAUCGAAAGCUCCCUGUCCAUCUUCAACAUCAGCGAUUUCUCCAACUUCAGCAGGCCUCUGAGCGUGCCGUACAACAUCACUACCUGCAGGUAUCGAGAUUUCCGCUACCCUCCUGGGCACCCGAAGGAGUACGAGCACAACAUCUACUACUGGCACGUGAUCGCUGCCAAAAUGGCGUUUAUAAUUGUUGUCGAGCACAUCGUUUACUUGACCAAGUUCAUCCUGUCCUACGUCAUCCCCGACGUGCCGUACGCCGUCAAAGAGCAAAUGAAGCGGGAGAAGUACCUGACCCAGGUGAUCCUGCACGAGACCAACCUCAAGCUGGUCACCAAGCGCCUGAAGCCGGCCCACGACAUCGCGCACGUGAUCUCGGACGGCAAGCUGGCGAAGGAGGAAUUGGAGCUGAAUGUGGAUUGUUGAAAGUGCUCGCGAAUGACUGAAAGUGAACAAAACUGACAAUUUCCAAGAUGGUAUAAGUAAGCGCGUUGGACGCUUAGUCGAAACACUCGUGUGCUGAGAAUGCAAUGUAAAGUGUAAAUUGUGGUUUUAGGUCACGUGAUAAGCUCGAUACUUGAUGUAUAACUGAUACUGUUAUAUAUACUGCUAAUAUAUACAUAUUUCAGUAUUAUCGAAAGCCAUACAGACUUUGUUUUUUUUUAGCCUUACAAUCACAUGCCAAUCAUCUCACAAUCUAUACAAACGAGAAAAACAUGAGAAAAAAAGAAUCAUAAUGGGAAUAAUCUGUUUUGGGUGAGAUAUUCUUAUUUUAGCUGCAAAAUAGUCUGUGACAUCUGUCACAAAAUUUAAUGUUUACAGAAUCUAUCAGUAUCUUUGCCAAAGUUUUCCUGUUUCUGUCAAAAUGAUGAAUUUUGUAUUUGAAAACUCCAUUUAUUUUCCUGCACUUUUUCCUGUGGACAGGGUUGCACUUAUGCGACCACUGCACUGCAAAGUAUUUUUGACUGCACGUUUGGAACCUGUGUUAAUACAGUUAUCUGCAAUACCUAUGCCGUAUUAUUGCCAUGCUUUAUGAUGGUACCAUAACCACUAUAAAGGGCCUCUCUUAUUUGUAUGUCUUUUCUACAGACUUAUUAAAUUGUUUCAUAA